AUGAUUGGAGGCGAGCCAUAUACUUUAGGUCUCUUUGAUACUGCAGGUCAGGAAGAUUAUGACAGACUGAGACCUCUGAGCUAUCCUCAAACAGAUGUGUUCCUUGUGUGCUUCAGUGUGGUGAGCCCAAGUUCUUUUGAAAAUGUGAAGGAAAAGUGGGUACCAGAAAUAACUCAUCAUCAGCAGAAGACGCCUUUCUUGUUGGUUGGGACACAAAUUGACCUGCGAGAUGAUCCUGCUACUAUGGAAAAGCUUGCAAAAAUAAAGCAGAAGCCAGUCUCUCUUGAACAAGGAGAGAAACUUGCUAAAGAGCUAAAGGCUGUCAAAUAUGUUGAAUGCUCUGCUCUUACUCAGAAAGGGUUGAAGAAUGUUUUUGAUGAAGCCAUUCUCGCUGCCCUGGAACCACCAGAACCACCAAAGAAAAAGGGAUGCAGAAUUCUU